AAAUAAAUUAAUUUAGCAAUCAUUUGUCCAUAGUUCACAUAAAAUUAUAAAUAAAUUGUUUUCUAUUCAUACCAAUCAUAAGUAAUUUUCAUUGUAUAAUUGGUAUUUAUUAAAUUUCUUCAUAGACGAGUGGCCGUCACCAUGGAGAGUGCAUAUUGUAAAAAAAUAUUUUUUAAUUUGAUGUCGUUAUUACCUCAGUGAUAUGCUUCUUACUAAAACAUUGAUUGCAUUAUAUUAACUAUUUUUUAACACAAUAUGAUUUUGCUCUAUUGCUAUUUCUAAAGUUACCCAUAACAAACGGGAUAUAAUUUUUUUAACAUAUUGUCUAAAGGCCAUUUCAGAAUGAAUGGAGGAAUGGAGCAUAGAACCCCAGGUCACAACGCAGUGCUUCACAAAGCACCUAAAAACUACAAAUUGCUUAUAGACCCUCUCCUUGUAAAGGGAGCUACUAAGUUAUACAGAUAUGAUGGUAGUGUUCCUGGAGAUCCAUCGUAUCCACCUGUACAUUGUAGAGAUCCAAGGUCUCAAUUAUCCCGAAUAUGGAAUAAGAUAGAACCAGCAGAUUUACCCAUUCCUAGGUUUAGGAUAGACAAAAAUUAUGUAGGAAUUCCACCACAAUUAGAAGUAACAAUUGGAAAUUUAAAUGACAACAUUGAUAAAGCCUUUUUAUCAGACAUGAUCAACAAAGUUGGACCAUACGAGGAAUUAACUAUAUUUUAUCACCCAUUAACAAAUCGACAUCUAGGACUUGCACGAGUGGUGUUCCAAGAUGUUAAACAUUCAAAAAUAUGUAUUGAAAAAUAUAAUGGCAAAUCUGUCAUGGGUCAGGUGUUGGAAUUAUUUCAUGAUCCAUUUGGUAGAAAAUGCCAAGAAAUGUUUGAUGAUAGAACAAUGGAGAGGAAAGCUCAACCAGCUAUGAUGGCUGUGAAGGUUCCAAUUUUGGUUGAAGAUGCUCGAGCUACUAAGUUAGACCCAGCACUUAGUAAAAGAUUAGAAGAUACCAAGUUGUCAGAUAAGGAUUCCUAUCCUCGCUACAAGGAUGUUGAACACAACGACAGUAAUACUCGCUGGUCUGAUGAGGAGCGCGAGCACAGACAUCGGCAUCGCAACCGCAGCGAACGGAGUGAGCGGAGCGAGCGAGAUAGAGAUUCAGAGAGGGACAGGGACCGAGAUCGGCGAGAAAGAGAGCGGUAUGCGCGCAUGAGCGCAGAGGCGAACGACGCGUUUGCGACGAGCGCGCACGUGGCCGAACUGCCGUUUACGCCCGCGCAAGUGCCCUACGACCCUUACUACCAGCCUUCACCCUACAAUUAUGGCUACGGCAGCGGGGCCGCGUCUGGGAUGUGGUGGGGCGACUGGAGGCAACCACCGCACACGUCCCAUCACCACCCUCAUUCGGAGCAGUCGUCGCGCGGGUCGGGUGCGUGGAGCGGUCGCGAGCCGCCGCCCUCUCCUCGCGAGCCGCGCACGCCCCUCGCGCCCGUUGCGAACCCCGCGCCCCUCGCGCCCCCCGCUCACACGCCCGCCCCGAAACACACGCCCCUCCCGCAACACACGCCCACACCGCAACAACACACGCACAACGAUAAGGAGGUGAAAAGCAAAAGCGAAGCGGCACCAACUCCACCGCAGGAGAUAGCCGCGGUGCUGGAACCGGAGCCUAAACCACCGCCGCCGGCAGAUGAGCCGAAAAAUGUCGACCUGGACACUAGGAUCGCUAUGCUCCUCAAAGGUGCGAGCGGCGGUGGAGGAUUGGCACCUCCGUUCCUCGCUCUCGGUAUUUCAUCGGAAGAGGAGGACGACGAUCGCUUGCCUGCAAAAAUACCAGACUUGGAUGCCCACAACCCGCCAUCCGAUGACGAAGGUUCAGGCAGCGAAGACCGGGAGAGUAUGAUAUCUAUCAACCAACCAGUCGAAGUAAACCCGGAGCCGUUGUCCAAUACCCCGUCACCGUACCUGAGCAGAGAGUUCUAUCUUGAAUGUCUCAAGAUCACUAUAGAAAGGAGGGCGAAAGAAGAAGAGCGAAGGAAGUUCCCGCAAAUAGACAAGAUAGGUUCAGAUAUAUCUUCUUCGGAAGACGAGCUUUUAACUUCGGGGGAGCCAAGGCGGUCGCCCGUCGCGCCUCCAGAUAAGAACCAAGAUAAUCUCGACGAUGAUCAGAUGUCAUUGUCAUCGUUGUCGUCGACGGAGGCGAAGAUCGAGGAACAAGUUCCCGCCGAGGCGUACUACCCAUACCCGCCGGCGCCGCACUCGCACCCGCCAGCGCCGCACUCGCACCCGCCGGCGCCGCACUCCCACCCGCACCACCAUCCGCACUAUUUCCAGUCCGUCUGGCCUAAUGCUGUUCAUGUUCCCGUAGCAUAUCCGGCGGCGUACCCGGGCGUACCUGACAUGACAUUGGCGUACGGUCCGGGCGGCGGGUUUGCCGCUCCGCCCAUCCUUCCGCAUCAUUAUCCGCCGGUGCAAGCACCUGACCGACAGGAACCGGGCAACCCCCAUUUUUCUACAAUAAAUAGCGUUAUAGACCGCGUCACUACAGAGUUGAAGCAGAUCCUUAAGAAGGAUUUCAACAAGAAGAUGAUCGAAAGUACCGCUUUUAAGAACUUUGAAGUGUGGUGGGACGAACAGAGCAGGAAGACGAGACAAACAACUAAAAUCCUCAAAGAAGAUGUUACUCAGCCACUUCAAGAUAUUUCCAAUAAAAAGGAAGAGAGUGUGGAUUCAAUAAAAUCAAUAAUGGAGUCACGAGAGUUAGGGUUAGAUCUGGGCGGCUACAGCAUGGGCAUCGGUCUAGGUCUCCGCGCGACGAUACCAAAGAUGCCCAGUUUUCGACGCAAGAGAAAAAUUCCCUCGCCUGUCGUUAUGGAUGAAGACUCUUCUAAGCGACUUAGUGACCAGGAGGAAAUCGUCCAGAACUCUGACGAAGAAAAAGAGGUACCCACAAGUCCUAGAAAUAGAACUACGGGAUCAUAUUUAUCAACGGGUAGAAGACGACCGUCUAGCAGUAGUUCAAGAUCGUCAUCGUCGUCAUCAUCGCAAUCGUCGUGGUCCGGGUCGGAGCGGUCGGUCCGCUCGGAGCACUCAUUGCGCAAGGGUACCGCGCCACGGAUAUACUCCGACAGUGACGACUCCGAACCUGAACUUGACGACGCUCAGUUCAAGAUGGUAUCAAACAAAGAGAGGCUAAGAAGGGUGUACUCAUCCUCGUCGGACAGCGAAGAAGAGCAAAGAAGGCGAGAAAAAACUCCUAUACCCCCCACGGAAGCGUCCGACGACCGUUUGGGUUCACCGAUUCUUUCCCCAGAAGAAGAAUUGCCCAGGGACUUGUUACUUGAUCGCGUGUAUUCAGACUCUGAAGAGGAAAGAGAGUACCAGGAGAGAAGAAGACGAAACACAGAAUAUAUGGAGCAAAUCGAACGAGAGUUUCUGGAAGAACAGAGAAAGACUAUGGAAGUGGACGCAGGGCCACCGCCUGAAAAACCGCCUGACACAAGUUUACCAGAGCCUAAAGAAGAAGAACCUAGAAGUAGUCCUAUCAAAAAUCACUUAAAAUCGCCAGAGAAGAGCAAACCCGAAGAUAUAGAGGAAGGAGAGAUUACGUCAGAUGAGGAACAUUUGGAAGAACGACAAAAAGUUGACGAGGAUGACCAACCGAACGACAAGAGAGAGAGGCUAGCCUCGAUGAGUGAUAACAGUUCCACGGAAUCGGCACCCAGUGUCAACGGUAUUAAGGCAGCACUGUCGGAUUCAUCGUCGCCUCAAUCGCAAGCGUCGCAAGCGUCUCAGGCAUCGCAGGUGGCCUUGGACCACUCUUAUUGCCGUCCGCCACCACGGCCGCACGCUCCUAAUCACCUGCAGCAUGAUCAUGGAUAUACAUGGAUGGCUGAACCGGAGAUAGAACCUUCGCGGGUCGAACCUGAUGACAUUAAGCAGAAAGAAACCAAGAAACCAUAUAAGAGAAAACAUGAAGUCAAAAAGUUGGCGGAAAUUCAAAAUAAGUUAUUUGAGCCGCGGGACGAUUACAACAAACUGUAUUCAAGUGUGACCUUCAAGCCCCGCGACAUGAUGGGAGAGCUGCAAGUUAUGUACGAGUUCCUAACACGCGGCAUCGACCGCGAGGACGUAGAGUAUCUACGGAGGGCGUACGAAUCCCUUCUGGCGGAAGACGCGCAAGGGUACUGGCUGAACGACACGCACUGGGUCGAUCACCCCCCUACAGAUCUCACGUAUUCACCGCCAAGGAAGAAGUCCAAGCGGCAUACUAAUAUCUAUGAAGAUUUGCAGGGUCACUCGAGCGGCUCUGCGCGAACGGAGGGCUACUACAAGAUGGACGCGCGUCUCAAGGCCAAGUACAAGUACCACCACGGGCGCGCCGCCGCGCUGGCCGCCGCCGCGCCGCCCGACGACAAGAAGGCCUCCAAGAUGCAGUUGCUAUCUCGCGAGGCGCGCUCCAACCAACGCCGCCUGCUCACCGCCUUCGGACUGGACACCGACUCAGACCUUCUGAAGUUCAAUCAACUUAAGUUCAGAAAGAAGCAGCUCAAGUUUGCUAAAUCUGGAAUUCACGAUUGGGGACUCUUUGCUCAGGAGCCGAUAGCAGCGGACGAGAUGGUGAUAGAGUACGUGGGGCAGAUGGUGCGGCCGAUCGUGGCCGAUGUGCGGGAGGCGCACUACGAGGCUACGGGCAUCGGGUCCUCCUACCUGUUCCGCAUCGACCUCGACACCAUCAUCGACGCCACCAAGUGCGGCAACCUGGCGCGCUUCAUCAACCACAGCUGCAAUCCAAACUGUUACGCGAAGAUAAUAACAAUAGAGUCGCAGAAAAAGAUCGUGAUAUACUCGAAGCAGCCGAUCGGUGUGGACGAAGAGAUCACGUACGACUACAAGUUCCCGUUGGAGGAUGAGAAGAUACCGUGUCUGUGCGGCGCGCAACAGUGCAGAGGCUUCCUCAACUGAGAACUGGUCAGUGAUGUCAUCCGGCUGUUGUACGAAAAAUCAACUCAUCGUCGCAACUGGUACUUUCAAACUAACUACCUCCUUGAUGUGUUCCAAGCGGAAAUUGGAUGCAGAAAGAACAACGCAUUCACCGGCCUGCAACAAUGUGAAGUAAAGAGAGCGAGGUCAUUCAAUACAAAAAGCUCUGCGAUUUAUUGACUCGACAUUUUGCCGUUCAAUACAAAGUCCGACAAAAUAAACUUGACGCUACACAAAUAAUUUAUCUGAUAUUAUUUAUUUAUAUUAGUUUUUCUGUGAGUAGCGACUGUUAUCGAGGGAUUGUAAUCGCCUCAUUUAAAUUCUCCUAUGCUAGAUGUAUCUAGGUACAGCAGGAUCUAUUUCACGUUCACCCGUGUUGCCGAAGUGUUAACCAACAUAUUUACGCCCAUCUUGCGAACUUUGGGUUGGGCCUUUGGUAGAAAGGAAAAAAACGCGUAAUUUGCCUCUUCUAGGUGGAGUUUCAAGCUCGAAUCAGAGUUGUAGCUUGUAACUUAGCCCAACAAUCGUCUAAUAAACACAAUGAGUUCAGAAAUAUUCACUAUUCAAUGAGUUUGGCUAGACAAAAUUUAUUUUCCUCCGGCUCGAUAGGAACCAACCACUUACUAGAAGCUAUAUGGGGAAGUUGGGAGUCUAUCCCGCAAGGAAUGCUUAAAUCGGACGACAAGUUUUCGAGCUAUUAAGGAUUUUAGCUGGAAAAAUGUUUUAAAACACAGUUGGCAGGUUUAGGACUCACGCUAUGUUGAGGGAGUACCCGCAACGUGGUAUAGUUUAUUGCGGCCAUCAAAGAGUAUGUCUACGAAGCGCCGCUUUAAAUCAUUUAAAUACGGAGCCUGAUGGUUUUUUUACUGAUUCUUUAUUUGCCAAAGACAAAAAGCCCAAGACGAGUCUGGACUUUUUGGAUAGUGACAGUGAUUGCUGCGCUAUUGGUUUAAAGUUAAUAAAUUCGCGCGUGUAUCAGUCGAGGUAACGUCUACAUGCGCUUGUAGCGUACAAAACACCUUGAGACCGUGACCUUGUAUUUGACAUAAAACACGCACGCUAUUACCGCUAACCAUGGCGUGCAAUCGAAUGACUAUUUUGAAUUUAGGCAAAUAUGUUAUUAAAAAUGUGUUUGCUAGUGCUUACUCAUACAAAUCUUUUAAAUAUUAGUGUGUGUAGUAGGUGUGGCUAAAUCAUAACUUUCCAAUUAGCGAGAUCGUGGUCUAGCCUUUUCUGAAUUGAAUAUACAAUUUUUAUAAACAAUAUACCGAAUUCUAUUUCAUUAUUUAUAUUACAUAUACUGUUAUGAUAUAUUAUUUAUAUUUCCAUUUCUUCCAGUGCUGUAAAACUAAAAUGAUAUUUGAAGAAGUCGCUAUUUUAUUGAGAUUCAUUUAUAUAAUUACUGUAAUAAUUGAUUUAAAAGUAUAUCGAUUUGUUUAAUCGAUGCACGAUUGUUUGUUCGAUGCUUUCAUUUGAGAUCAAUAAUAGAGGAUCGUGCGAAGCGAUAUUCGAUAAAGACAACGACGAAUCCUUUUUAAAGACUCAUUUAAAAACUUAGGCCUUUUUUAGUGUAAUAUUAUUUGUUAACAUUUUGUUAUCUUACUAAUUCAAGUGCUUACUAUAGCACUUAUAAACUAAUCAGUGGUUCCCCACGACUUUGUUUGCGUACAAAUACUGAAAAGUUUCUGCAUAAUUUCUUCCGCUAUCCUUAUCAAUAUACCCCGAGACCCACCGCGUCAUGUCACUCGCCUGCGCUAUUCUUUUGCUCGGCUUUUUAGGUUUGUAACGUGAUGUCAAAUAGGCAAACAACACUAAGCAUUACUCAAGAAUCGGGCUGUCAAAUGCAUUGAUUAAAUUAGACUUUACUAUAAGAAGAGUUUAGCGCUUAUUAUUAAUAUACUUUCAUACAUUAUUUCACUACUUUGGGCCUUUGGGGGUGGAAUUUACAAUUAUUCUGGAACUUAUAUUUUACCAUUAUAAUUGUUAAAAAUAGCGGACUGCCAUAAAAACUAAUCCUCUAUUUAACGGGAAUAUAGAGUUAACAUUUUAAAAAGAUCUAGUUUUGAACUGUCUAGGAUUAGCGCAUUCAAACAAAUGAAAAAAAAAAACAAAGUGAAGAUAACUUGUAUGUUACCAUUUCAUAUUACUCUAAUUUUAAAUAAGUUCCCGUAGGUCUUAUACUUUCUUAGUGCCUUUACAUUAUAAUAUAAUAUUUUGUAUUUCAUCGCAAUCUCAAUUUCAUUAGUCUAAUUAUGUGCCGAUGUUUUAUUUAUGAAUAAAUAAUUAGGCAUGAAACAAUAACUGUAAACUCGUGGAUUAUAAAUAUAAUGUGUGUAUUAUUGUAAUUCAAUGAUUAAAGCGCCCAUUAGAUUUUAAGAAAGCGCAAAAACUGGCUGUUGGCCUGGCCCUAUAUUAUUAACAUCUGCCUGUAAUUGAUACAAUAUAAUGUAAAAAGUUGAUGUGAUUGUGUGCUUGUGGCGUGAUUCUAGUUUGUCUUGUAUUUAAUAACGGACCCAGUGAAUCCGUGUAUGUAAUUAUAAAGUUAAUGAUGAUUCUUGUAUUAUAUAAUGUUUUGACUGAAUUUAUGAUUAAAAAAAAUGUUGGGCAUAGAAUGUCUAAAUUAACAUGCUCUUAGUGCUAGCGCGAAGUGCGGUUUUUAAUCGCGCCUUAUUUUUAAACCAUUGUGUUUUCGUAGGAGUGCGCGCAACUUAAAGAGUAUUCACCAUUCUGAAAUCGUGAUGCGCGCUUAGCCUAAUAUAAUGUUUUGUUGUAUAUUAUUAUUGUGAAUAAAAAGAUCUCUGCUGUGUGUCAGGUAUAUUAUCUAGUACAGUUCCAAAGUACAUUGCAUAUUGUGUUAUUUUAUGUAAAACGAUGUAGUUUACUUUUCUUGUAUAUGACAGCAACAUAAUAACUAAGAGCAAUAAAAAUUACAAUGACGGUAUAGCAAUAAUCAUAAACUGAUUAAAUCCUUCCAAAUGCACUUCUUACUAUGUAAUGUAAAAUGUAUAAGUUUGUAAAUAAAAGAUUCCAACAGUAUUAACUGUUUUCAUGUA